AUGGCAGAAAACGAUACUACUCAGUUACAGAGAGCAAUAUUCGCCCAGUACAUUAUGAUGAAGAAAUUAUUUAUGGAGCUAGAAGUGGAAAGAGAAGCUUCAGCUACCGCUGCAAGUGCGGCCAUGUCAAUGAUUCGAAAGCUUCAGAAAGAGAAGGAUGCAGAGAGGAUGGAAGCAUGGCAGUACAAAAGAAUAACUGAGGAAAAGAUGAACCACACUGACAGAGCACUGGAGAUUCUAAAGGAGGUGAUGGAGCUAAAGGAAUUGGAGAUCUCAUAUCUGAGGAACCAACUGCAGGCGUAUAAACACAAGUUAUUGGAUGCUGGCAUUGAUGAUUCUGACAUUGCUGAUGAGACAAUGGCUGGUAAUAUACCUUUGUUUGAAAGUAAGAACGUGGAGAAUCUUUGUCGUAACCUCAAAAGGAAUUUCUCUCUGCCCACUUUACGGCUUAAUAAACUAUAUACUGAUAUGGACAUCAAGAAAAAUGGUGGAGUACAAUCAGCAAGGAGCAGGCCGAAUGAUGAAGGAUGGGAGCAUAUUUCAACAGAUGGUAUGGCUUUAGAGACCAAGAAAAGCUUGUCAACAGAUGUGGACUGUACAGAAAAGCAAAGUGAAGAACCAAAAUCUCCAAGCACAGCUUUACAUGACUCUCAGCCAUUGGAUGAGUCUUCAGGUUGUUCCUCGUUCUCAGUGGUCAGUCAUCAGACAGAUAUAUUCAGUGAAAGAGCAGUUCAGGUCAAGGAAGAUGUGGAAUACACGGUGAAUCAUGAUAGACCCAAGGAUUCUUGUUUAGGUACUGAAAUGGGUGAACUAGCAGUUCAUCCUUUAAGUGAAGUUGGCUCACUUCAAAUUCCAGAAACAAGCAAUGCAACAACUGAUUCCCCAUGUACUGAAAGUGAAAUAGUUACAGAGGAAUCAGAAUUGUCUCCCGCGGUUGUUGCCAAAGGGCGAGGGCCACGUCUAUCCAGGUUCGCUGCAACAAGAAAAAUUGGAUCCAUGAAUAAUGUUGAUAGACAUGCUCGUCGAAGCUCUUGGAGUCAGACGCCGCGAGCUGGUGUUGAGAGAACCAGAUCAAGGCUGAAGCGGGUGCAAAGUGAAAAGAUGGUUGAGCUAAAUGACCCUAGAACUAACAAGGAACAGAUCAUAAUGCUGAAGGAGGUAUACGAGCAGCUUGGCAUGAUAGAAUCACACAUGAGACCUGAUUCUCAGGAAAGCCCCCGAAAUGACACGUCACUAGAUUCUGUUCUGGAGGCGGCUCUGUCCUUCUCCAUAUAG